AUGGAGGUGGCGAGCGGAGGAGGAACUGGUCCCAGGAGGAAUUCAGUUGCUUUUUGGCUUCUCGGCCUAUGCAACAAUUUUGCAUAUGUUGUGAUGCUCAGCGCUGCAAAGGAUAUUCUGGAAAAAGAUUCAAAACAUAUCGAGAAACCAUGUCGGCCAGAAGUAACAACUCGUGAAUGUCAAAUCAUGUCAACUGGAUCUGUUCUUUUAGCUGACAUAAUUCCGGCUCUACUCAUAAAAGUUUUGGCACCAAUGUUUAUUCAUCGAGUUCCUUUUGGAGUUCGUCAUUUCAUUGUGGUCUUCCUUCAAGCUGCGAGUUUCCUUAUUGUGGGAAACAGUGAUUCAACAGGAUUCGCCCUUUUUGGCGUAGUACUGGCAAGUUUUGGAAGUGGUCUCGGAGAAAUCUCAUAUCUUGCAUUGAGUUCAAAUUAUCCGUCAACCGUUGUUGCUGCAUGGUCGUCUGGGACUGGAGGUGCUGGUCUCAUUGGCGCUUCGAUUUAUGCUCUUCUCACAGAUUCGAAACUUCUCGGAAUUUCUCCAAAACAUACAAUGUUCAUAAUGUUGAUACUCCCUGUUCUCUUCUCUUUCGCUUAUUGGUCAAUUCUUCAAAUUCCGAGAAGUAUCCAUAGAGCACACUUUCUUCAACCGAACUCGUGGAUUACAUCUUUAGAAACGACGUCUUCUGAAUCCAGAAGAAUAGAGGAAGAAGAAGAAGGAUUAUUAGAGAACACAGAAGGUGAAGAAGAAGGAGAAAAUGUAUCGAGAAGAACAGAAAUGUCGAAAAUCAGAAAAGCACUUCCAUUGCUGAGAUUCAUGGUUCCGUUGAUAUCUGUCUACUUGGCUGAGUAUUAUAUUAAUCAGGGAUUGCUGGAACUGUUGGAAUUUGAUUGUUCCCACGGAUUGGGAAUGAGCUCUGAAAGCCAAUAUCGGUGGUUCCAAGUGACUUAUCAACUUGGAGUUUUCAUUUCAAGAUCAUCUUCGAAUUAUAUUACAAUUCCAACGAAAUACUUGACUUCUUUGGCUAUUCUUCAGAUUCUCAAUGCUGGAUUUUUCACAUUCACUGCCGUUUAUUCAAUUCUUCCUCAUAUUAUCCUAGCGUUUUUCGCAAUCUUCUUUGAAGGAUUAUUGGGCGGAGCAAGUUAUGUCAACACGUUUCGAGCUGUCCAUAGAGAGGUUUCAAUUGAAAAUCGAGAAUUCUCAAUGGGUGUUGUCUCGAUUUCUGAUACGAUUGGUAUCGUUUUUGCCGGUUUCCUUGCAAUGCCUGUACACAAUUUAAUAUGCUCAACUCCACUGUGA